CAAGCGUCGCGCAGUCAACGACAACAAAGUCUCGUACGCUCAACAUUUGUGCAGAAAUAAACUUUAUUUGCACUCUGUGUGUUUGGUAAUUGGCUCUGUGUGUGUGUGUUGGUGUGUGUGUGUGCAAUUGCAGCAACAAUUGCAGUUAACCGAGAAAACAGAAAUUUUGUGUAGAAAUAAAAGUGAAGCCGGUUUUCAAAUUACGCAAAAACAAAAAAACACAAAGUAUAUUUUUUGCCAGCCUGUGUGUAUGUGUGUGUUAAAUCAAGCCACAAAAAUCGUCAAAGCAGCAAAAAGAAAUCAAUUAAAACAAGUUUAUUUUGCCAAUUGUGCAAAAGUCUUUUAACAUCAACAACAACAACAAGUUGCAAAUAAAUAUGCAGGCGUUUCAUAUAUUGUUGUGCAUAACGGCACUGGCAGUCGGAAUCGGAAGUAUCGAAGCCGCCACGCUGCUAACAACAUCCGCGCCAAUUGAUUUAACGGCCGCUGAUGCUGUACCGGAGGCAUCGGAGCUGGCGCCAUCUGUUGCACCAAAUGAUUUUGCUGGUGCUGGCCACACAGCCUGCAGCUUUAGCUCCGCCGAUCUGGAUGAAUGCAUACGCGGACUUAUUCAGUUGUAUGCCUCGCGUUUGAAGCAGCAGGGCGUGCCUGAAUAUAGCAUGGGCUCCAUUGAUCCGUAUUUCUACAAGCGUGGCAUUUUCCGUUACUCCAAUGAUGGCAUACAGGGUGGUCUGCUGAUCAAGAACAUGGAGAUCGUUGGCAUUAGCGACUUGCGUGUUAACAGUGUUGCCUCCAACUUCACGAGCAAUGGCUUUGUCAUUAAGCUGGGCUUGGAGCUGCCACAGCUGAAGGCGGGCGGUCACUUCAAGGCGGAUGUCAAGUUUGGCGGACUGCGUCUGGUGCCCAAAGGACCCUUCAAUGUUACCAUAGACAAUGUCAAGGCCACUGUGCUGACCGACGGCCACAUUGAGACGCUGCCCAACGGUCAACAACGCCUCAGCUUGCAUCGCUUCAAUGCCAAUGUCAAUGUGGGCCACGCUCAGGUCGUUGCUGAUGGCAUCUUCUCGGAUCGUAAUCUCAAUGCCAUGAUCCUUAAUCUGGUCAAUCAGAAUCUGCCAGAGAUUACACGCGUCGGCAUUCCCGCUACUCGGGAGCAGUGGGCUCCCAUUCUGGUGGAGCACAUCAAUCAGUUCUUUGCCCCCGUUCCUAUAGAGAAGUUUUUGGUUCAGUGAAUGGCGCUCAAUAAUUCAAAGUUUUUCAAAAUUUAUAAUUUAGUUAGUUCUUAAUUAUUAUGUAUCAUGUAUUCGUUAUAUUUAAAUGCUGCUUCCAAAUAGUUGCGCUGCUUCAGAAUUCGCUCUUAAUACUAAACGAAAAUUAUAUUUAUUUAUAAAAUAAACAACAACAAAAA